AUGUCCAGAGGAAACUACACUGAAGUGGCAGAAUUUAUUCUCUUGGGCCUGACAAGCCGUCCAGAGUUGCGAGUUGCUUUUUUUGUGUUGUUCCUUGUGGUCUACACAGCCACUGUGAUAGGAAACAUGGGCAUGAUUGUUUUAAUAAAAAUUGAUUCUCGGCUUCACACUCCCAUGUACUUCUUUCUCUCAAGUUUGUCUGUUCUAGAUCUGUGUUUCUCCACAAAUGUCACUCCCAAAAUGCUAGAAAAUUUCCUGUCAGAGAAGAAGACCAUCUCAUACGCAGGGUGUUUAGUCCAGUGCUAUGUUGUCAUUGCAGUGGUCCUCACAGAGCACUGCAUGCUGGCUGUCAUGGCGUAUGACCGCUACAUGGCUAUCUGUUAUCCCUUGCUCUACAGUAGCAAGAUGUCCAAGAGUGUCUGUGUCCGCCUGGUCCUUGUCCCUUAUGUCUAUGGCUUCCUGCUCAGCCUGAUGGAAACCUUGAGGACCUACAACCUCUCUUUCUGUGGUGCUAAUGAAAUAAAUCAUUUCUACUGUGCUGAUCCUCCUCUUAUCAAGCUGGCAUGCUCUGACACCUACAGCAAAGAGUUGUCAAUGUACAUAGUUGCUGGCUACAGCAACGUGCAGUCCCUCCUGGUCAUUCUCACAUCCUAUAUGUUCAUCCUUGUCGCUAUCCUCAGGAGCCAUUCUGCAGAAGGGAGAAAAAAAGCUUUUUCCACAUGUGGCUCCCACCUGACAGUGGUCUCGAUUUUCUAUGGAACCCUCUUCUGCAUGCACUUGAGACGUCCCACAGAGGAGUCUGUGGAGCAGGGCAAAGUGGUGGCUGUGUUUUACACCACAGUAAUCCCCAUGCUAAACCCCAUGAUCUAUGGCCUCAGGAACAAGGAUGUGAAAGAAGCAUUGAGGAAAGCAACAGGGAAACAAAAAUUGUGGAAAUAA